UCUUAUGCUUUACUUUAAUAUCAGAUUAACCAAGUCAAGUUUAUACCUAGAGCUAGCUCCAAUGGCAGCAGGGAAGAAGGGGCACAUCGUGAUGAUACCUUUCAUGGCACAAGGCCACAUCAUCCCAUUCCUCGCAUUAGCAAGGCAAAUCCAACAGAGAACAACAAGCUUCACCAUCACCAUAGCCAACACACCCCUCAACAUUCAAUACCUACGAUCUUCACUUUCUUCUCCCAAUGAAAUCCAUCUUGCUGAGUUACCCUUCAACUCCACCCAACACGGUUUGCCACCCAACAUAGAGAACACCGAGAAGCUCCCUCUCACUCACAUAGCAAAACUCUUCCUUUCAACACUCAGCCUCGAAGCUCCUCUUCGCUCCUUGAUAUCACAGAUCACAGAACAAGAGGGUCACCCUCCACUUUGCAUUAUAUCUGACGUGUUCCUUGGCUGGGUUAACAACGUUGCAAAGACUUUAGGUAUUAGGAACCUAAGCUUCACCACUUGUGGUGCUUAUGGAACUUUGGCCUAUAUUUCUAUCUGGUCCAACCUACCUCAUAGGAAAACAGACUCUGAUGAGUUCCAUGUUCCGGGGUUCCCUCAAAACUACAAAUUCCACCGCACCCAAUUGCAUAAAUUUCUAAGAGCAGCUGAUGGCACUGAUGAGUGGUCACAGUUUUUCAUUCCACAGAUUGCACUUUCUAUCAAGUCUGAUGGGUGGAUUUGCAACACGGUUGAGGAGAUUGAGCCUUUGGGGUUGCAUCUUCUGAGGAACUAUCUUCAACUUCCCGUUUGGAAUGUGGGGCCUCUCUUGCCACCUGUUUCACUCAGUGGCUCUAAACAUCGUGCAGGAAAGGAACCUGGCAUAGCCCUUGAAGCAUGUAUGGAGUGGCUGGAUUUGAAAGAUGAGAAUUCUGUUGUCUACAUUUCAUUUGGGUCACAGAACACUAUCAGUGCCUCCCAAAUGAUGGCAUUGGCGGAGGGGUUGGAAGAGAGUGGGAUAUCGUUUAUUUGGGUUAUAAGGCCACCUUUUGGUUUUGACAUUAAUAGAGAGUUCAUUGCAGAAUGGUUGCCAAAAGGGUUUGAAGAGAGAAUGAGGGACACCAAACGUGGCCUUUUGGUGAACAAAUGGGGACCCCAGUUGGAGAUUCUGUCACACAGUUCCACAGGAGCAUUUCUAAGCCAUUGUGGAUGGAACUCUGUGUUGGAGAGUCUCAGCUAUGGGGUGCCUAUGAUUGGGUGGCCACUAGCUGCUGAACAAGCAUACAAUGUGAAGAUGUUGGUGGAGGAAAUGGGUGUGGCUAUUGAGCUCACUCGAACUGUGGAAACUGUGAUCUCUGGGGAGCAGGUUAAGAAGGUUAUAGAAAUAGCUAUGGAGCAAGAAGGGAAGGGAAAGGAGAUGAAGGAGAAGGCGAAUGAGAUUGCAGCUCACAUGAGAGAGGCCAUAACAGAGAAAGGUAAAGAAAAGGGGUCUUCUGUGAGAGCAAUGGAUGAUCUUGUUACAACCAUUUUAUCACCCAACAAGGCUGUAUGAUUUGCUACAUUUAGAAUUUGGAAUUUGAAUAAUAAUAAAGUUGCUUGUGUAAGCAUACUUUUGAAACUGCUAAGCAAUCUUUAACACUUGACUUUGAUCAUGUCACUGUGGAGAUCAAAAGUUCACUUUUUUUGAUUGAUGAUUUUAAAACAAUAUAGAUGGUCAAUGGAUAUUAUGUCCAUAUGUUAACUUUUUAGUAGGACUAUAUG